UAAAUCCUUUGACCCAAACCAAACAUAUUAAGUUAAUUGGGUUGAAAAUCAUAACUUUGACCUAACUUGCAAUAAAUUAGGUUGACUUGAUUUCGACCUACUUAACCCUUUUAGAGUUUUUUGUUUUCACAUUAAGGUUUUUAGCGUCAAUUACAUCUAAUUUUUAGUCCUUAAUUUUAAAAUUUUUAUUUUUUUAGUUGUUCAUUUUGUAUUUACUCUGAAAAAGAAACUAUGCUUUAUAGUUAUUGAGUUAACUCGAAAUUAAAUCAUGUAAAUGAGUUUUAAACUGAUCGACCCAUUUAAUAAUUGGGUGAAGAGUCUCAACCAAGCGCACUUAUUUUGUAUUAGGUUUAGAUCGAAUUAACAUGCCGAUCAGAUCAGCUUUUGCCAGAUCUAAUUUAAUAAGUACUCCUAUUUCAUAUUCCAUCACAUUAUAGGAGCAGCAUAAAAUCAUCACACUGUAAAGUAAAAGUAUAAAACAUUGUACAAAAUCAUAAUUGGUAAUUGUUAUCUCAGACAUUGUAAUAUUUUAAUUGGAUGAACCAAACAAGCUUAAGAGUAAAGCAAUCCAUGAAGGAUGUAUAUGAAAUUAGGGACAAAUUGUCACUUGCAUAUAUAAUUUCCACUCAUUGGAACACAUUAUAUUAAACGCGUAUUUAGCUGUAAUGUUUCAUGCACGUGAUUUUUGGCCUUAUUUUGCUUCUUAUAUAUAUAUAUAUGGUAAGCAUUUCUUCAUCUAAGCUAUAUGUAGUUAACAUAUAUACAACAAAAUUUAUACUCAUGGCUUCAGCAAUCCAUCUUUUAGUUUUUCUCUCUUUUAUUUCAUUAUUUGUGAGCUCUACUAACGCGCAACUUUCACCGUUUUUCUAUUCUACAACAUGUCCUAAUCUUCAGUUUAUAGUAACUAAUACAAUGAGCCAGGCAAUAUUUAAGGACCCGCGGGUUGGAGCUUCCAUACUUCGAUUGUUUUUUCAUGAUUGCUUUGUAAAUGGUUGUGAUGCAUCGGUGCUUUUAGACGAUACAGGGAACUUUACAGGAGAGAAGAAUGCAUUUCCGAAUAGAAACUCGCUAAGAGGAUUUGAAGUAAUUGAUAACAUCAAGUCUAAAGUGGAAGGAGCUUGUAAUGGGACAGUUUCAUGUGCUGAUAUUCUUGCACUUGCUGCACGUUCUUCUGUCUUCUUGUUAGGUGGUCCAUCAUGGUCAGUGCCACUGGGAAGAAGAGAUGCAAGAACAGCAAGUCAAAGUGCAGCAAACUCAAAGCUCCCACCACCCACAGCUAGCCUUAGUACCUUAAUUUCAAUGUUUGCCUCAAACGGUCUAAAUGCCCGUGACAUGACUGCCCUCUCUGGCGCACACACUCUAGGCCAAGCACAAUGUUUUACCUUCCGGACGCGUAUCUAUAACGAAUCAAAUAUCGAUCCCACAUUUGCAACUUUACGACAAUUUACAUGUCCUAGAACCGUCACUACCUCUGAAAACAGUAUACUCGCACCACUCGACAUUACUUCACCUAACCGUUUUGAUAAUGCCUAUUUUCAAAAUCUUAUUAAUGGACGUGGGCUUCUUCAUUCGGAUCAAGUCUUGUUUAAUAAUGGAUCACAAGAUGGGUUGGUUAGCCUUUAUAGUACAAAUUAUGUGAGUUUUGCUAAUGAUUUUGCUAAUGCGAUGAUUAAGAUGGGGAAUAUUAGUCCCCUUAUGGGAUCAAAUGGUGAGAUUAGGAAAAAUUGUAGGGUUGUUAACUAACUUAAUUAAUUCAGUUCAUAGAUCGAUUCGUUUAAAAUUGUUCAAAUAGAGUUGGAUUAGGAUUGUAAUAGAGUAUAUAAUAUAUCUAUUAUUUAAUCAUAAAUAUAGUAUAAAUGUGCCCAUUAUUACCUACAAGUGAGUCGUUUUGCAUUAGAGAAAAGAGAAAAGAGAAAAGGGUAUGCAAUUUUAUAAAGUUGAGGAGUAAUUCCCAUUAAUACCAAUUAAUUUUAGUACUAAACAUCUUUUGAGUUUUUAUGUGGGUUACCUUUUUUUUUUUUUUUUGGUUAUCCAGAUCCAUUUUCUAAACUCUAACAUGGUAUGAGAGCUUAAAUUGUUGUUGUGUCUUUAAUCUUUUUGACUGAACAUGUAAUCUUACGACUGAUUAAGGAGCCUUAAAUAAUGUUUAUUCUCCUCAUAUUUGGGUUGUUCAGACUCAUUUUCUAAAUUCUAACCCAUAGCUCUUAAAGUCAUAAUCAAACCUCGAGUUAUGUUAUACUUCCUCCAUUCCAUUAUACUUCUACAUUUGACUUUUUACGCAAUUCAAUAUGUUAUUUUGAUCAUUUAUAGAUUAAAUUAUGCACAUCUAAAAAUUAUAAAAACGUAAUAUUAUAAAAGUAUGAGAUUAGACGAUUCAAACAAGAUCCCAACUGCCUAUAUUUUUUCUAACACAUUAGCCGUAAUAUAUAAAAUAAGCUUAAACGAUGAAUAUGUUAAAAAUCGUUAUGCAGCGAGUAUUUCAAAAUGAAGAAAAUAUACUAACUAAUUAUUAGAUAGUUAAACUCUCAAUAUAUGUUAUAUACUUUAUCAUUUUUUUUUUCACUUUUCUAGUGAUGCAUCAUUAUUGGAGUGACUAUUCUAGGGUAUCAUAUUGGGCCGAUGUUACUGAUCAAGGGGGUAACUGAAAAAUGGUGGCCCUGAUUUUUUACUUUUCUAAAAAGAAAUUGUAAUCAGUUGAUAUGGUUGUAUACAGCUAGGCUACGCAUAUUAUGAAAAUUUUAGAUCCAAUGAAGAACAGAUUCUCUUUUUUUCUAUAAUUAUUAUUAAUUAUGAAUGUCUAUCUUUUUCCGCAAAAGACAGAAAUAAUUUAUGGAGGAAAAAAUUAUUGAGAACCCACAUCAACAAUGAACAUGCAUAUGUAUGUAAAUCUUAUCCUUCAAACAAAUUCCUCCGUUUUAUAAAUCUAUUGUAUACUUUGCUAUAUAAAUGAAGCUUCUUCACCUUUUUUUUUCCAUUUUUAUUGUGAGUUGAACAAAAUUUUCUCUUAUCAAACUUUGUUAGGAUUAAUAUUGUGAUAUAUCAGUUACUUAAACUAGAUUGUUGUAUGAGAAGGUCUCAAUGUAACAUAUGUCCAUAUACAUAGACUAAAUAACCUAACUAAUACAAAUUAAAUGGGGUGUAAUGGCAAUUAGCUGUUAGUUGUUCGUUGUUGGCCGUUUCAGUUGACUUGUUUGACCAGCUGGAAAUCUUGUUUGUUUUGUUUGCUUUUUCAACUUUUAAGCUAGUUG